AUGCGCAUGGAUCAUAAACCGGUGAUUAGCAAUGACCAUCAACAAAAAGGGACUUAUGAAAAUCCAGCUGAACGCUUAGUGCAGUUAGCAGAACGAAGCCAAGUGGAGUACACAGAAAGCGACGAAUUGAAGUAUUUCCAAGGCAAAAUCGACUCAGCCAUGAGGUUGAAAGGAUGGCGGUUACAGAUGGGUCCGUGCGCCAAGCAAUUCUACGUUCCGUGUAUAUCGUGUUCGAAAGGUUAUGAGAAACGAACAAACAAUGAUUACUGUCGUUUUGCAAACCGAAUGCUGCGUUCAUUGAAAGACGAUAAAGUGGCGCGUCGUUUGACGGUACACACCGUUCGCACAGUAUUCGAUGCUGAUGAUAUUGCAAAAUCAGGGGUUAAUGAUGAUGAGUACGUGCGUUGUGAACUCAUGAAGAAAAGGAAACGUAUGCUGUUGGAUGCUCAAAAAGCCGCCUAUAUAGUGCAGUGCACAAAAUCAACAUUCCAAAAGUUUGUAAACCGUGAAAGGAAUGUUAUCGAGCAGAGUAAUUCAUUUGAAGAAGAUGCGUAUUUUUCGCAUUCAUUUGGUAUAAAACAAGUAUGCGACGUUUGUAAUUUCUCAAUUUUUGGUGCAUAUUUAUGUUGUGAAACGUGUGGUCUUGAAAUUUGUUCACAUUGCUAUGAUGAGCUUAAAAGAGGUGAAGCUCUCUGCGUGUGGAGAUACGUUCGAUGUCGUCAAGGCGAUCGUCAUAUACCGUCAAAAUUCCAUUUAGCUACAGUCAGGCUAUCGUUUGAUGAACUCAAGGAACUUUCACAAGAAAUCGAUAAACAGUUUCAACGAUACGCUAUCAAGCAUGGUGCAGAAUGUAACGGUAAUCACGGAAGACGUCCUUUUCAAAUGGAAAAAUGUUACUGUCCAAAUAUCUCGGAUAAAAAUGCCGUCGAAAUUGAACCACUUUGCAUUAUCGACGACCAGUCUGCGGUGAAUUCGUACGCACGUUUCAAAGCGCACAUGACCGCUCAUAAUCCGGUUUUGGUUCUGAAUGUUCAAGAUCAUCCUGAAUAUCAGAGUGAUUUAUGGACAAAGGAUGCUUUCAAGACUAUUCUGUCAAAUGUAAAAUGUCUGAGAAUAUUGGAUAGUUCAACGUUCAAGGUAGCGAAAAUGGCUGAUGGCAAAAAAAUUACAUCGGAGAAAUUUUGGGAGAUGUUCGAUGCGAAACACAGACCCGAUGAGCCGUAUCUGAAAGUGAAAGAUUUCCCAGAAUCAAUGCGUUUCCACGAGAUAGCACCAUCACAGUUCGAGAAUCUCUUCCAGUUCCUACCGUUCUUGGAUUAUACGCGCACUGUCUUAACAAACGACUACGAUAAAGGACGUUUGAACAUUCUGAACUUCAUGAGUGGUUUUGCGGGUGCACCUGAUCCAGGCCCGAAAGCUUAUCUAUGUUGUGGUCUUUGCGACGCACCUGAAUUGUCCUCAACACCGUUACAUUUGGAUGUUUCGAAUGCGGUGAAUUUCUUGCCAAUCGUACAAGCACCCAUUGAUAUGUCGUAUGAAGAAAUUUCUGAAGAAAUAAAACGUGUAAUGAAGAAACCAGACAAAGCUGGUGCCAUCUGGAAAAUAUUUCAUCCGAACGAUAACGAGAAGAUUCGGGAUGCGAUUCGAGAAAUUCAACGAGAAGAGGGUUAUAGAAGGGAAUCUGGUGAUGUGAUUCAUAAUCAAAAUGUAAUAGUGACUUCAGAGAUGGUGGAUGCGUUUAGACAAAAAGGAAUCGCUUGCCGAGUGUUCGUUCAGUGUGAAGGCGAAGUGGUGUUUGUGCCCUCUGGCGCAGCACAUCAAGUACAGAACAUUCAUUCUUGUGUUAAGAUAGUGAAAGUUUUCGUUAUAACUAAUCCGAAUAUGAAGUUGAAGUUGGCUGAAGAUUUCGUGGCACCCGAAGGUAUUGAACAUAUCUGGCGUAUCAGUGAAGAGUUACGUAGCUAUAAAUGUAAAGAUGAUCUUAUACAGGUCGAUAAGAUGUUAUAUCGUGCAAUGCGUUGGUGUGCAUCCAUCUUAGCCUGUGAGCAUCCUGGUCGAACUACCUCAUCAUUAGUGCCUUAG